UCAAAUCAAAAUUAAGUAAACAACAAACCCUCACCAAUUUCUCCCUUGUAAUAAUACAAUACAACCUCUUUCCCUCCCAUCGUUUCUUUUGUUUUCUUCCCUUCCUCACAAACCUCUCCCUUCCUAAAAACUUCUCUAAAACCACCAACACACCUUCUCCAAAUUAGGUAUAAAUCACCAGAUCUACCAUCUCAUCGCAUUUCACCUAAUCCAUCCAAGAUUCAAGAUUCCAUUCGCAUUCUAAAUUCAAACUUCCCUGGCAUUGGUUCAAUAUCCGCCAUGGAUUUUACCGAUAAUGUGGUGCCGGAGGUUUCUCAUUUCUCCGUCGCGAUCUACUUCGCUUUUGGUAGUUUGGCGGCGAGGUUCAUUCUUGACAAAUUCGUUUUUCGCAGGCUGGCUAUUAGGAUGUUGACGAAGGGAAGAGUUCCGUCACGGAUUAAUAAGGAAAUGCAAAUAAAGAUUGUGAAAUGCACGGAAUCGAUGUGGAAGCUUACGUAUUAUGCUGUGGUUGAAGCGUUUGUUCUUAAGUACACCUUCAAUGAACCCUGGUUUACGAAUAGGAAAAUGCUCUUCGAAGAUUGGCCGAAUCAUGAGUUGAAGAGUCCCAUGAUGAUUUACUACAUGUGCCAAUGUGGGUUCUACAUUUAUAGCAUUGCGGCUAUUCUCCUUUGGGAGACUAGAAGGAAGGAUUUUGCAGUUAUGUUUACUCACCAUAUAAUUACUGUAAUACUGAUUGGGACCUCAUAUCUAACAAGUUUUUUCAGGCUUGGCUCCAUGACCCUAGCCCUUCAUGAUGGAAGUGAUGUAUUCAUGGAAGCUGCCAAGGUAUUCAAGUAUUCUGGAAGAGAAUUUGGUGCUAGUGUGUGUUUUGCAUUCUUUGCAGUUUCAUGGCUCUUAUUGCGGCUAAUUUUCUUUCCUCUUUGGAUUAUUAGAACAACAAGCCUUGACCUUAAGAAGGUUUUAAAUCUAUCAGAGACUUUGCCCAUGUUACUUUACUAUGAGUUUAAUUCAUUGCUCAUAAUGCUGUUCAUCUUCCAUAUAUACUGGUGGGUGCUCAUAUGUGCGAUGAUCAAUAGACAGCUGAAAAAUAGGGGAAAAGUUGGCGAAGAUAUUAGAUCAGAUUCAGAUGAUGAUUGAACAGAUCAAGGAUUUGCUGAGUUUUCUUUGUUCUGCUGGUCGGUGGUAGCUCUGCAGAUACUGCUUUAGAGUUGUCUAAUAGAAUGAUUUCUAGAAGCUCAGUUGGUUAGUACAACCAAUCAAUGCAGGCUCAAUUUUCGUUAAUUUCAAAAUUUUCAUUGAUCACCUAGUUAAGCUGAAGUAGGAGAACCGUUGAGCAUGAGUCAUAUUUUUGCUGUAUAAAUCAUAGAAAUUCCUGUAUAAUUUUCCUCCCAAACAUACCUGUUUAGUAGUGCAAGGUUUCACUAAAAAGUAGGGGAUAAACAAAAUUAAGAAGAAAAGAAUUCUUAGAGUGA